AUGGCGCCGGGCUGCAAAACUGAAUUACGCAGUGCGGCAAGUUGCCAGUCUAACCAAGCAAGUAAUGAAGGAGAUGCCAUCAAGGUUUUUGUACGGAUUCGUCCGCUUGAAGAGGGUUCGACUGAUGGAGAGCAAAAUUUAUGCUUAUCUAUGCUCUCCUCUACAACUGUACGGUUGCACUCGAACCCUGAGCCCAAGAUCUUCACCUUUGAUCAUGUUGCAGACAUGAACACUACUCAGGAGUCUGUGUUUUCAACUGUGGCCAAAGGCAUUGUGGAGUCCUGCAUGAGUGGUUACAAUGGCACCAUCUUUGCCUAUGGGCAGACUGGCUCAGGGAAAACAUUUACUAUGAUGGGACCACCUGAAUCUGAUCAUUUUUCUCAUAACCUAAGAGGAGUAAUUCCACGAAGCUUUGAAUAUUUAUUCUCCCUGAUUGACCGUGAAAAAGAAAAGGCUGGGGCUGUAAAGAGUUUCCUUUGCAAGUGUUCUUUUAUUGAAAUCUACAAUGAACAAAUCUAUGAUCUUCUGGACUCUGCAUCAGCUGGACUAUACCUCAGAGAACAUAUCAAGAAGGGAGUCUUUGUUGUUGGUGCCGUGGAGCAGGUGGUAACCUCUGCUGCUGAAGCCUAUCAGGUGCUAUCUGGAGGAUGGAGAAAUAGACGUGUGGCCUCAACAUCCAUGAAUAGAGAAUCCUCUAGGUCUCAUGCGGUCUUUACAAUCAUGAUAGAGUCCAUGGAGAAAAGCAGUGGGAUUGUGAAUAUACGGACAUCUCUACUCAAUCUGGUGGAUUUAGCAGGGUCUGAGAGGCAAAAAGAUACUCAUGCAGAAGGGGUGAGGUUGAAGGAAGCAGGUAACAUAAACAGAUCAUUGAGCUGCCUGGGCCAGGUGAUCACAGCACUUGUUGACGUGGGUAAUGGAAAGCAGAGACAUAUUUGCUACCGAGACUCCAAACUUACCUUCUUACUUCGGGAUUCCCUUGGAGGUAAUGCCAAAACAGCAAUAAUUGCAAAUGUUCAUCCAGGAUCCAGAUGUUUUGGAGAAACCCUAUCGACGCUUAAUUUUGCUCAAAGAGCCAAGCUGAUUAAAAAUAAGGCUGUGGUAAAUGAAGACACCGAAGGAAAUGUGAGCCAGCUGCAAGCUGAAGUGAAGAGGCUCAAAGAACAAAUGCUCCAGCUUAUGUCAGGGCAGAUAGUAUCAGAAAACCUUCAGAUUAGAGAUAAAGACGAGACCAAUUACAUCAAGUUUUUCCAUGAGGCGAUGCUAUUCUUUAAGAAAUCAGAACAAGAAAAAAAGGCUCUGGUAGAAAAAGUUACCCAAUUAGAAGACCUAGCCCUCAAAAAAGAAAAAUUUAUUCAGUCUAAUAAAAUGAUUGUGAAAUUCCGAGAGGACCAUAUAACGCGCCUAGAGAGGCUUCACAAAGAAUCCCGGGGCAGUUUUCUGCCUGAGGAGCAGGAUUGCUUGCUAUCAGAAUUAAGGGGUGAAAUUAAGACUCUGAGAGAACAAAUAGAGCACCACCCCAGAAUUGCAAAAUAUGCAAUGGAAAACCAUUCCCUCAGGGAGGAGAACAGAAAGUUAAGGUUAUUAGACCACGUGAAAAGAGCUGAAGAAAUAGAUGCCCAGACCAUUGCAAUACUAGAAAAAGCUUUUGCUGAAAUGUCCGAGAAAGAGAAAAAUGAAAAAAGUCAGCAAGGAUUCUCUCCUAAACCUCUAAAGGAAUCAAGAGAAUCAAGUUCAUCAGCACACACUGAGAAGUUAAAAGCACUGCUUGUGCAAAAUCAGAAAGAGCUGAAUAAUUUAAAGCAAGAAUAUGAAGAAUUCAAAGAAUUAUCUAGGAAAAAACAACUAGAAUUAGAGUCAGAACGUCAGUCUUUGCAGAAAGCCAACCUUAAUCUUGAACAUCUUUUGGAAGCAACGAAAGUCUGUAAACGGCAAGAAGUUUCCCAGCUGAACAAAAUCCAUGCUGAGACCAUCAAGAUCAUAACUACACCUACAAAAGCUUAUCAGGUUCGGUCUCGACCAUUCCCUGAGUCAAGCCCUGAAAUAGGAAGCUUUGGCUCUAAGGAUGCUGAUAAUUCUAGCAGAUUAGAAAAUGACAUUUUAAAUGAGCCCGUUCCACCUGAGAUGAAUGAACAAGCUUUGGAGGCCCUUUCUGAAGAACUUAGAAUGGUGCAGGAACAAAUGAAUAACCUUCAAAUUAAAUUGGAUGAAGAAGAGCAUAAAAACCUAAAGCUUCAGCAGCAUAUUGACAAAUUGGAACAUCAUUCUUCACAAAUGGAGGAGCUUUUCUCAUCAGAAAGAGCUGAGUGGACCAGACAACAGCAAGAACAUUCUUCACAAUUGAAUCUUCUUGAAAAGGAGCUUCAAGAUACUCAAACCAAGAAUAACCUUUUGAAAAGUGAAGUGCAAGAUCUCCGAAUCGUCCUUCAUUCUGCAGAUAAGGAACUCUCUUCUUUGAAACUGGAAUAUAGCUCAUUCCAAGACAGUCAGGAGAAGGAACUCAACAGCCUCUCUGAGAGACACAUGCAGGUUCAGCUUCAACUAGAUAAUGUCAGAUUUGAAAAUGAAAAGCUUCUUGAGAGCAAAGCCUGCCUGCAGGAUUCCUAUGAGAACUUACAAGAAGUUAUGAAGUUUGAAAUUGACCAACUGUCAAAAACCCUCCAAAACUGCAAAAAUGAAAACGAAAGUCUAAAAUCUGACCUGAAUAAUCUGGUGGAACUUUUUGAGGCAGAAAAAGAACGCAAUAACAAAUUACUACUACAAUUUGAAGAAGAUAAAGAAAACAAUUCUAAAGAAAUUUUAGAAGUUCUUGAAAUGGUACGUCAAGAGAAACAGAAAGAAAUGACCAAGUGUGAACAGCAGAUGGCUAAAGUGCAGAAACUGGAGGAGAGCUUGUGUGCUGCAGAAAAAGUAAUCAGUUCUCUUGAGAAGUCUAGAGAUGCUGACAAGGAAGUUUUAGCUGACCUCAUGAGACAGAUUCAGGAGCUGAGAACAUCAGUCUGUGAGAAAGCAGAAACUAUCGAUACCCUGAAAGAAGAACUGAAGGACAUCAAUUAUAAAUACAACUUGGCUUUGACUGACAAAGAAGAGAGCAAAGAAUUGGCUAACAGACAGGAUGCGGAGAUCCUGGACUUGAAAGAAACCCUAAGACUGAGAAUAUUCUCUGAGGAUAUAGAGAGGGAUAUGCUCUGUGAAGACUUGGCUCAUGCCACCGAACAACUGAACCUGCUCACGGAGGCCUCCAAAAACCACUCAGCACUAAUGCAGGUGGCUCAGGAGGAGCUGACCAAGAAGGAGACGCUGAUCCAGGAACUUCGGCAAGAGCUAAGCCAAAAAGACGAGGAGGUGAAACAGAAAAGAAAUGAAUAUAACUUCAAAAUGAGGCAACUAGGACAUGUCAUGGAAUCUGCUUCUGAAUAUCCCCAGAGUCCUAAAACACCACCUCAUUUUCAAACACAUUUGGCAAAACUGCUCGAAACACAAGAACAAGAGAUAGAAGAUGGGAGAGCUUCUAAGAUUUCUUUGCAGCACCUUGUAACAAAACUAAAUGAAGAGAGAGAAGUAAAAAAUGCUGAAAUCCUCAGAAUCAAGGAGCAGUUGUGUGAAAUGGAAAACAUACGCCUGGAAGCUGAACAAUUCAGAGAGAUGAACUGGCUUCUGCAGGGUCAGCUGGAUGAUAUUAAAAAACAAAAGGACGACAGCAAACAGAAUCAUCCAGAUUGUCAACAGCUGAAGAAUGAACAAGAAGUUAUUAAAGAAAAACUUGCUAAAAAUAAAUUAAUUGAAGAAAUGCUGAAAGUGAAAGCAAACCUAGAAGAAGUCCAGAGUGCCCUGCAGAACAAAGAGAUGGACUGUCUUAGAAUGAGUGAGGAAGUUGAACGAACGAGAAGUUUAGAAUCUAAAGCAUUCCAGGAAAAGGAACAAUUAAGAUCCAAGUUGGAAGAACUGUAUGAAGAAAAGGAGAGAACAUUCCAGGAGCUGGAAAUGUUAAGGAAGCAAGUGGAAUUUCUUGCUGAGGAAAAUGGCAAGUUGGUUGGUCACCAAAACCUACACCAGAAGAUACAGUAUGUGGUCCGGCUGAAGAAGGAAAAUAUCAAAUUGACUGAGGAGACAGAAAAGUUGCGUGCUGAAAAUGUAAUUUUAAAAGAAAAGAAAAGAAAUGAGUCAUAA